AGAAGGGUGAGAAGGCGGAGAGAGGAACCAUUUUUAUCGUCGCUGUAGCUUUGAUAAAGUCGCGGGGUAAUGCAGUUAGUUGUGUGUAUGCAUGCAUGCCAAAAUUUAAGCUGUAAUUUUUUAUAUUUGCUUUUAAAGUAGCUUGUUGGUAGACGUGAAGCAGAAUCUUUUGUUAGGAGCGAAAUACUUAUUAGCUAACGGGCUAAAGAAGCAGCUGAAAUCGGUAGCAUUUUUAUCGCCAUUUUGCGCAUUCAGUAGCUCCCUACUUUUGGCAGCAGAAAGGUAGCAGACUUCGGAGCAUGGCGGAGGCCGACCGACCAGGGAAGCUCUUCAUCGGCGGACUGAAUACGGAGACCACCGAAAAGGCCUUGGAGCAGUACUUCAGCAAAUAUGGCAGGAUUGUGGAAGUUCUUUUGAUGAAGGAUCGUGAAACAAACAAAUCAAGAGGCUUUGCAUUUGUAACUUUUGAAAGUCCUGCUGAUGCAAAGGAUGCAGCACGCGAAAUGAAUGGAAAGUCUCUUGAUGGCAAGCCUAUCAAGGUUGAGCAAGCUACAAAACCUCAGUUUGAGAGUGCUGGCAGGCGCGGACCUCCACCCAUGCACUCUCGCAGUCGCGGGCCACCCAGAGGUCCACGUGGUUCAAGGGGAGGUCCUGGUGGAAUGAGAGGCCCCCCAUCAAGAGACUACUAUGAUUCAGGAAGUGUAGAACCCUUCUUUAAAGGGAUGUCAUCCAGAGGCCCCCCUCCAAUGAAACGAGGGCCCCCUAUUCGAAAUGGAGGUCCCCCACCCAAGAGGUCUGCCCCAUCUGGUCCCAUGAGCAGACCUCCCAUGUCAAGGGACAGAGAUCCCUAUGGUCCACCUCCACCUCGCAGAGACUCGAUGAUGUCCAGAAGGGAUGAUUAUCCAUCACCCAGAGAUGACCAUUACAACUCAAAAGACAGCUACUCCAGUCGGGAUUACUCCAGAGAUUCUAGGGACUAUGGGCCACCUUCCAGAGAUUAUUCCUAUAGAGAAUAUUCUAAUUCCACUUCCCGCGAUGACUACGGCUCAAUGUCAAGAGGAUACAGUGACCGUGAUGGUUAUGGAGGAGGCAGGGAACCAAGAAGCUAUAUGGACCGUCCUAGUGGUGGCUCCUACCGAGACUCAUAUGAUGGUUACGGUAACUCUCGCAGCGCCCCACCUUCAAGGGGCCCCCCACCAUCCUAUGGUGGGAGCAGUGGAAGCAGUCGUUAUGAUGACUAUGGCAGCAGUUCCCGGGAUGGCUAUGGCAGUCGUGACAGUUACCCCAACAGUCGGAGUGACCCAUAUCCACCUAGCCGUGGUGAGCGAAUGGGCAGACAGGAUAGGGGCCCAGCUCCCCCUGCCGAGAGAGGCUACCCUCCUCGUGACUCGUACAACAGCUCAAGUCGUGGAGGGCCACGUGGUGGCCGUGGUGGCAGUCGAGUCGAUAGAGGAAUGGCUCGCAGCAGAUACUGAACUGGACUUGGAAAUGUCAUUAAACCAAACGUUAGUCUCCAUGCACACUUAAAACGUAUUUUGGAGGAAGGACAAACUAGCCAUGUCUAAAUUUGUGGAAUCUGAAGCUUAGUUUUGAACUGUGUCUUGACUUUCCCAAUUUUUUUUUUUCUUUUAUGUGUAAAAGUUUUUUUCUCUCUUGCUUAUGUCAGUACAGUUACCAAGUGAGUGUUAGUUUUUUGUACUUUCAGUGCUGUUGAAAUCUGCAAUGCCCUAUAAGUAUGGCUUUCCUAAUCUAAUAAAGGUUUUAGUUGUACCAUAA